GGUGGAAUCCCGGUGGGUGGACCUAAUGGAUGCGGAAGCAAGGUUAGAGGAAGCGCGGGAAUUUCCUAGGGAUAGACAGGGGUAUCGACCACUUAGGAGGGAGGAAGAAGAGUGUCAGGACAGGAGGGACUUAAGAGAAGGGAGGUCAGCAGAAGGCGGCGGCAGGCCGCGGAGAUGGGUCGAAAGGGUCCCGGAGGCCGUCACCGGUGAGAGGCAGGCCUUAGUGGGGCUAAGAACUGGCGCGGAAAUGCGAAUGCCUGCGCGGGAAGGGGCGAUCGAGGGCUCGAGGGGCCUUCCUAUAGAGUCUCAGUGGAUGGAUUUACUGGACGCAAGAAUGGGAGAAACUCUAGAAUUUCCAAGAGAUAGGGUGGGGUACCGGCCACCCAGGAGAGAAGAGGAGGGGGGACCGAGUAGAAGGGGCCUUAGAGACGAGAGGCCGACGGAGGCUGGUAGUAGGCCACGGAGAUGGGCCGAAAGAGAAGCGGAUGCUGCAUGGGCUCCCGGCGAGAUGACGAGCAGGAGUCAGGGGGUGGAGGCCUGGAGGAGCUUUAGGGGGCAGGGCCACGCUCGAUGGGAGACGGAUUGGCCGGAUGGGCGGGGCCGCUACGAGGAGGACCCCUGGGAACCCUGGGGCCGGGUGGAGGAGCCGGAUCCCUCGUGGUACAAGCCGUACGAUCCGACAAUCAAUGGGGCGAUGAAAGGUCCCUAUUUUCGCCGAUACGACGACCGACGAGUCCCCUACUACGACGUCAACCUGGGUCUGGAGGCACUUUUCUUCGACGGACGGGAUGUGACUGGGUUCGUGGAGAAGUGGGAGAGUUAUGCUUACCGUAAAAGAUUCUCUGAAAGAGAGUGGAUCGACUCUUUUAUCCAGCACGAGGACCCCGAGUUAGACCCCGCGAUUCGGGCUAUCUACCCCUCAGACGGACGGUGGAGGACCUUCAGGGCGAGCCUAUUGCAGACUUUCGCCUGUGAUGACUUGAUCCCGACCGUGGAGGGCUUGCGACGAAUUACAAGGGGGGAACGGGAGAGCUUGGUAGCCUUCACCCGUAGGUUCAAGCGCCUGUCUCAAGCCCUAGUGGAUAGGGGGAUGUUGUCUGAAGUAGAUAGGAAAGAGACCGAAGGGCAAAGGAUAACGGCCGAUAGGUUGGCCAAGAUGGAUAUAGGGGAUGGGAAUCUCACGGAGAAAGAAAAAGAGUUCAUAGCUAUGACCUUGAGGGGCUGCGAUAAGGCCAUUGCCUUUGAUGACUCGGAGAGAGGGAGAAUCGACCCGAGGUAUGCUAAGCCAGCCCGGAUCCACACGGUCCCGCACGUGCCCUGGAAGGAUAGGCCUCAGUGGAAGUACGCUCAAAAGGAGAAAGAGGAGAUAGUGGCCUUCAUCAAGGAAAAGAUCAAGACGUUCGUCGCGGAACCUUGCGAGAGUGCCUACUCCAAUAAGUGGUUCUUUUUGAGGAAGGGAGGUAGCAACAAACUAAGAUGGAUCCAAAACCUCCAGAGGACCAAUGCGGUCACCAUAAGAGACGUGGGGUCUAUACCUGAGGCCGACUUGCUAGCGGAAGGAUCGACAGGUCGCUCAAUAUAUUCUAUCUGCGAUCUCUUCUCAGGGUAUGACGAAAUUCCCUUAGAUUACCGGGACAGGCACAUGACCGCCAUGCAUACGCCCUUAGGGCUCGUUCAAAUGAUGGUGGUGCCAAUGGGUUGGACGAAUGGGGUAGCGGUGUUCCAAAGGGCCAUGAUCGCGGUCCUCAAGGAGUUCAUACCGGAGAAGGUGGAGGUCUUCCUAAUUGACUUCCCGAUAAAAGGGCCGGUCGAACGGGAUGAGACGGAAGUCUUUCCAGGGGUGAAAAAGUUCGUGGCCGACCACAUGAGUGAUGUCAGAAACGUCCUUGAGAAGUUAGAUGAUGCCAACCUCACGGUGAGCGGAACUAAGAGUCGUUGGGGCGUGUCCUCCAUCAAGAUAUCGGGGUUCAUUUGCGAUAAAGAUGGGCGAAGGCCCGACCCCGGAAAAUUAGUGAAAUUGAUGACCUGGCUGUUACCGCUCAAAUCCAUAACGGAAGUACGGCAGUUUUUGGGGGUUGUGGGCUACUGGAGAAUCUUCAUAAAAUCCUAUGGAGAGAAAGCGGAAGCCCAUAGAAGACUCCUCAGGAAAUCAGAAGGAUGGGUUUGGGAGGAAGCACAGGAAGCGGCCAUGGAAGUUUUGAAGGGGGAAUUCUGCGAAGGUGGAGAGGUCCUAGGAGUUUCGUUCUUCGAAGACGAGGAGAGUCGCCCGUUCAUAGUGUCCACAGACGUUGGACCUCAUUCGAUGGGAGGCCUCCUGUCACAAAAGGACGGAGAGGGGAAAGAGAGACCGUUGCGAUUCGAGAGCCGGACCUUGAACCCCGCCGAGAGAAAUUAUAGUCAAUUCAGAAAGGAGGUGCUAGGGGUGCUACAUUGCCUAAAGGCUUUUCGCCAUUAUCUAUACGGACGACGAUUUCUCCUAAGGGUGGACCCGACAACAGUGGCCUCGGUUCUCCAAAAAGAUUUCUCGCUGACCGAUCCGACCAUCGCACGCUGGAUGAUUCAUAUUAGGCUUUACGACUAUAGAGUCGAGAGGAUAUCAGGGACCAAGAACCAGGUCGCGGACGGAUUAUCCUGGCUUCCCAUUCGUGAGGAGGACCUACCUAGGCUUAAGGAGGAAGAAGUGACAAUGGCCAAAGAGGAGAUGAUGAAAGUCGCCGCCAAUAGGGCACAGAUAGCACAGAACAGCCGAGGGGAAGAAGGGGAGCCAAGGAUUUUUCUCGCUAAUCUCUACGACGGGAAGUACCGAAACAUAGGGCUGUACUUAGCUGGUAGGGAAGCUGGGACCGAAAGAAACCGGCAAGAAGCGCUGGGGUAUUGCCUGCGAGGGGGCCAUCUCUUCAAGAGGCCCACCAAGUUUGCGAUACCCAUGAGGGUACUGUGCGACCCAGAGGAAAGAAAGGCGGUUAUAGAGGAACUCCACGACGGGGUCGUUGGGGGUCAUAGGGGGGUGAAGGGUACUUUCGAUAAGGUCCGUAGGCUUUAUUGGUGGGACGGACAAUACACGGAAGUGGAAAAGUAUUGCUCUACGUGUGAAGCCUGCCAGAAGAGGGCGACGGUUCGGUACAAAGAGCCCUUAGUCCCGUCGCUCCCCACGGUUCCGGGUGAGAAGAUCCAUGUAGAUUUAGUGACCAUGCCAAAAGGGGUCGGCGGACUUCGGUAUAUAAUCAAUGCCCGCGAUGACCUCACCGGAUUCGUAGAAGCGAAGGCCAUCAAGAAGAAGACGGCGGAGGAGGUAAGUGAUUUUCUCCUUGAGUACAUCGCCUGGUACGGAUGUGUCGGGAAAAUAGUCAUGGAUAGGGGGGCGAAAUUCUUGAGCCAAAAGGUCAAAGUGUUGUUGGAAAAGGCAGGGAUCAGGGCGGCCUAUACGACUGCCUAUCACCCCCAAAGCAAUGCACCGGUAGAGAGGGGUCAUCAGACGCUUGUGGACGCUCUGGCAAAAUGGUGCAAGGGCCGCGCGGAACAGUGGCCGAGGUAUCUGCGGUACGCAGUUUGGGCUGAUAAUAUCACGGUCAAGUCCAGUACGGGAUACCCUCCUUACACCCUUUGGUUCGGUAGGCAUUGCCCCCUACCUAUCGAGUUCCACAUAGACACUUGGACGAGUGUCUCAUGGAAAACCCACAUGUCUAGGGAUGAACUGUUGGAGGCACGGAUACAGCAAAUAGGCGAGAACUUGGAAACCGGGGUGACCGCGGCCAGUGAGAACGUCGAGAGAGAGAGGGUGAAAGGUAAAGAUAGGUGGGACAGAAAUCUGCGGGUCCGAAAGGCACCAAUAGGGGUUAACGACCUAGUGCUGAUGUACGAUUCGUCACUGGAAAAGACCUGGAGCCGGAAAUUGGCGAACCGAUGGAUGGGGCCGUAUAAGGUCCUAAAGAGAUUGGAUGGGGGGGCUUACAUGCUCGCGGAAUUGGAUGGGAGUAGGCUACGGGACCCUAUAGCGGGGGCUCGUCUCAAGAUCUUCCGAUCGAGAGGGACCUUUGGGGAAGAGUCGGGGCUGAAGGGAAAAGAAGCUAUUGACACAGAGGAAUUGGCUGCUCUAAACAAAAUUGUGCAAAAGGUAGAACAUCACCAGUUUGAGUUUGAGGGGAUUUGGAACACCUUCCUGCAGAGAUCUGCUCAAGAGGUAGAUCAACAUAUGCAAGCGUAUGUCGACAAACUAGAUGAGCAGAUCAGUAAAACUUUGACCCCCGCCGUGAUUGAGAAACUAGUACGUAGCGACGGCGGAGGAGGAGGAGAUGGAGAUGGGGACAGAGAUAAGAAGAAAAAGGGCAUGCAGCAGGAAGACGCAGGGGAACUCAAAAAAAUAAAGAUGACACCUAAACUGACCAGGUGGGCUGCAGAAAUCGAUCAAUAUGACUUUGAACUAAAGUCUGUAAAGGUGGUUGUUGGUCUCUGCUCAGAGGAGGAGGUCCUGGAGAUGGUUUCGGGAGACGAGAGAAGAAGGAAGAUGGGUCUAGUGUCUCUGGGAGGAGUCUUCUCUCUGGGCAGAAGCAUGCUCCUCCUUGUCAUCCUUUUGAGUGCUGGGUCCUGGGAAAUUCACUGUGCCAGAGCCAUCGGAGAGGACACUUAUGGUGGUGAGAGAGGGCAGACCAGGCAGAGAAAGCUUCAAGAACAACCGAGUUCCCUCCGGAUCACUAAUGGAAAUCUCCUGAAGAAUCUUGGCAAUGUUCUCUCCUCUAGAAGUGACAGAGCCGCUAACGUAUACUAUCGGAUCUUAGCAAUUGUUGUUUUGCGAGAUGAGGAGACCAUUUAUUACUCUGAAAAGUUGAUGACACCGUCUGUCGCUAGCCCAAGCUUCUUCACGACUCUGGUUAAGAAGGCGGAACCCAUAGGUCCCGGCAACUCCGGGUACAACAUCACGUACGUUGCCGGGCCAUGGACUAAGGAUGCCAAGCUUGGGCCAGAUGCCAGCUUUAGAAGCUCCUUCUCGGCAAGCAAUGCGGUAAAUGGGUCUGAUGUGCGGGGCCUGUUGAUGCUCAAUGACACUGCUAUAGUCGUUUCAGACAUGGAAAACAACGCUCUAUGGACGCUAGAUGUGAUCUCUGGAAGGGGUGUGAACCUUGUUAAGAAUAUAAUGUUGCCAAUACAGAUGGUCAUGCAUCCGCGACAGGAUGCCCUCUUUGUGUCCACUAACUCUCUCAUCCUCAAAGUCACACUGAGUACAACUUGGCGCCAGUCUGCGGUACUUGCAGGCACCGAGGAGGUUGGGUAUGUGGAUAGUAUGGAAAAGGACUUCGUCCGGUUUCAGGAUCCAAUGAUUGGACCUCAGGCCAUUUCCCGGGAUGGGAGCAAAUUGUACGUUGCUGACUACUGGAAUAACGUGGUGAGGCGAGUGGACACUGUCACAGGGGCCACAGAAACAAUUGCCGGAGCACCCCAAAUGUCACAGGGGCCGCCCAGACUUCCCAGCCCUGAGGGUGGAUUUAACAGAUCUCGCAGUCUGGCUUUGGAUUCUGAAGGAUGCAACCUGUUUGUCUCUGAGCGAGACAGAGGGCGCAUCCAUUGGCUGCGCUUCGACAGGCCAAGCGGGAAAGUAAUUGCCAUUGAGACAGUUGCCACGCUUUUGAAACCUGACGGCUCAGCAGAAGCAAUUAUGUCUCUGUAUCUCACCGAUUCAAAUAGGUAUCUGUAUGCCGGCACUGGCGAUGGUCAGAUUUUAAAGCUCGAAGUGACUACGUCUGUCCUUCAGUGUGCCUCCACGACGAGGUUGUCUCCAAAGGUCGUGAUUGCUGUGUCAAUGUGCGGCUGGGGCCGGUGGCGGAAGACUGUAGGGACCUCAUAUUGGACCCGGUUGCAGUUGCGGAGCGUCCUUGCUGGUUAUCCCUCUCCACCAACCCAUCCGGUCACCGGAUUGAGUGCAAUCUUUGGAACUGAUGCAGAAUGGAUGGCUGCCAAUUACAUCAGUGUGUUUUCCUGGCCGGUGAUUGACAAGGCACUAAGGGAGGGUUGCUGCCUGGCUGGCAAGAGUGGUGGGUACGGUGAUGUGUACAGAUGCUCCUUGAUGGUGGGAAAAACGAUGAUGGAUGUUGCCAUCAAGGUGAUGCGAGGGGAACUGGACGCAGUCAAACACAGACAAUUCCUGGCAGAGGUGAAUACACUCAGUCAUGUGCGCCACAAGAAUCUGUGCAAGCUGUUGGGUUAUUGUGUGGAGGAAAACAGGUGCAUCCUCGUAUACCCUUUUGUUUCAGGAGGGAGUCUGCAUGAUCGCCUGCACAGAACAAAACCGAUGGAGCUGCAACAACAGUCACGGGAAUCUAGCGCCGUCCCAGGAUCCAAUGACGAUGGAUGGGAACCGUUGGAUUGGACAGAAAGGCUGGUGAUCGCAAGGCAGCUGGCGACUUGCUUUAGAUAUCUUCACCAUGAACUGGAGCAGCCCAUCAUAUAUCGCGACAUUAAGAGCCAAAAUGUCCUUCUCGAGGGUAAAGGUAAACACUUGAAGGCCUAUGUUGCCGACUUCGGGCUGGCAAAGCUUGGGAAUGUGCGACAUCCUGACAAUUCAAUCUCCUCUGGCACAACGACGGUGGCGACCCUAAUGCAAGCAGGCACUCCGGGGUACAUGGCGCCCGAGUACGCAUAUGAUGCAAAGCUGACUUUGUCAAGCGAUGUUUUCUCGUUUGGGGUGGUAUUGCUAGAGCUGCUAACUGCAAAGAGGGCAAUCUUGAAGCUGGGCAAAGAUGACACGAUACUGCUGUUUUCGUGGGUGAGACAGAACCCACUGGUCUCAACUCUUGAUCCACAUUUACAAGUUUCUGUGAUGCCAGAGGAACAGCCUGCAGUGGUGGAUCUGCUGAACCCAGCACUCCAGUGUACGGAUGAGCGGAUAUCCAGGAGGCCGUCAAUGGCGGAUAUAGCAAGGGCGAUUGAGGCAAUAUCAGCUCGAUCAGCGCACCGGUAAUGAAGGCAGGAUGGCAAUAAGCAGAUCAGCUGACAUCGAGGAGAGGGUUGUACCUUGGCCCCAGAAGCUUGCACUGCAGGCCCAGCCAGAGUUGCCCUGCACGACCGUCAAUUGGUUGUGUGAUUUACUCCCCAGAUGACUUCCCUCCUGGGGCCACGGAAAUACCCAUGCUAAGGGAAGUCGCACCUGAAAUGGGGCAUGUGCAGAACUGAACAGAAUGGAAGAUAGGACGGGAAACUGCUCUGUCUGGGCAUAAGACAAUGACUAAAUAUGUUGCCGUAUAGUUAGCCUUUGUCUAUGUGUGAACCAGGUUGACAUGGCUAUUGCCAUUGACUAACUAUGUUGCCGUAUAUUUAAUUUUAGUCUUUGUCUAUGCGUGAACCAGGUUGACAUGGCUAUUGCCAUUGACUAACUAUGCUGCCGUAUAGUUAGUCUUUGUCUAUGUGGAAAUGCCCAUGCUAAAGGAAGUGGCACCUGAAAUGCCCAUGCUAAAGGAMGUGGCACCUKAAAUGCCCAUGCCAAAGACUAACUGAAUAGCAUGGUUGACCUCCCUCCUGGGGGCAUGGAAAACGGGACCACAUAUCCUAAACAUCAAUGUGUGAACCAGGUUGACAUGGCUUCCUGCUGCUUGUCCUUUGGCCCGUUCCUUAAGCCGCAGCCACAGGGGGCGACGGAGACCAAUAGGGAAGCUCCGCACACGGAUGGCAACCGGUAAAAUAGGAAAGUAGAUAGGGAUAGGGAGUUGGACCGGGGAGGCAGGGGGGGCAGAAAGACAAAAAAAUCUGUUGUAUGAAAUCAUGAUAGGGAAACAGGGGGGGAGGCAAUGUGGAAGGAAGCAGAGGAUUGAUAAAAGAAACCAAAGGGAGAAGGGGAAAGGUCGCAAUUAAGGCAAGUAUAACGUAGAUGUCAAAGGACAAAGGGAAAAAGACUGGGAAAAGGCGGUAAGAUAAAGGAAGGAGGGGAAAAAGGGGUAAAGGGACAAGUAAGGGGAGUACAACGUAGGUGGGCAUAUACUGCUAUAAGCAAAGAAUGAGAACAUGAGUGCGGGAGGCAAUGAACCGCUCAGCUGCACUCUCCACACAACAUGCACAAUGAAAGCUCACAGGGAGA